ACAGUGUGUUUUUUUAGCCCUGAUAUAAGCCCAUCCAAUUAUCAUCUAAAUAUAAGCCCAUCCAAUUUACUUCCAUUUAGGGUGCGUUCUCAAGAGGAUCUCAAAAUUGCGUCUAGACUGUCUAACGGCCGACACACCUACUGAGAUCGAUUUGUAGAGCCAUGACUUCUACCUCACAACUACAUCUUCUGGUGAAUCCUACAGAGAUUAACCAAGCCAUUGACUUCUACACCGACGCAUUCGGUGCUUUGGAAGUCAACCGCUUCACCAACACUGAUGGUCAUCUCGUCUACAACCUGCUCAUUGCUGGUGCCCACGUUUCUGUUUCUUCGGGAAUUUUCGAAACUUCUCAUGGAACCAAUGCAAUGCUCGAACAUGUUAUCGAAACUGAAGACGUCCAUGCUGCAGUUUACAAAGCAACUGCACUAGGAGCCCAGCUUGUUGGUAAAAUCUUCUCCAACAAUGACGCGAGAAUCGAAGCCAAAAUCUCUGAUCCAUUUGGCUUUCUCUGGGUUUUUCUCUCUCUCUGGAGCAAUUCCAGAAUGGAACAUUGCAACAUCUGUCACAUCUACCCUGCACACGCUCCUGCUUUGUGUUCGGAAUACAAGAGGUGGAAGGAUUGGCUUCUCUCCACCGAACCGGAAAUACGUAACCGUAUAUCAGACCUUAACCAUACUCUGAAAAGUUUUGAAGAGUUAGCCUCAGAGCUCAACUGUCUCAAAGCUGGCUAUCUCCUUAACCACUACAAUGCUUUUCAUUCAUCUGGUUGUCUUCUUCCUAAGAUAAUCAGCGAUGUGCACGUGUAUUUGGAACUACUACGGUCCACGGAGAUUGCUAUGUGUGUUAACCCUUCAAUCAAGGGGACUUAUGCUGUGACCAAAUACUUUGAAAAGAUUUCAGAAGGUUGUAAGCAGCUUGUUGAAACUCUUCCUGGGAUGACUGUGUCUACUGGUGAGUGGGCUUCUAAGUGGCGCUUGGAGCUUCGAAGAAGAGUUGCAUGUAAUGCAAGGCAGUUUCUGAAGGAUCUUAGGGAGUGGAGAAAAACACAAGAAGGUCCGCGCAAUCUGAUACGGCAGAUGAACAAAGAGGUGAUAGAGGAGAUAGUGGGUGGGAAGUUGAGGGAACAGGAAUACUGAAGUGGAUUGGGGGAUGCUGAAGUCAUAACAAGUUGGUUGUGUUUUUUUUUAUUCUGUAGUGUACUUGUGAUGGUUCUUAUUUUAAAACAUCUAUCUAUUGUGAAACUUGCUAAGCUUAGGUUUGGCUUUUGUAUUGACUGAGUAUGUUUGGUUAAUGUGUUGGUUUUCUGGAUC